CAGACCAACGGCCAUUGCACCCCUCCGAACGUCGUUCGCUCGUCUCGCAUCUAUCCAUCCUCCUCCCUUUCGAGGCCUUCCGUCACAUCUCAGUCAUCAUGAUCUCUGCUCGAGUCGCCCGCGCCGGCCUGCGUGCCUCCACCCAGCAGUUCUCCGUUCCUCGCACUGCCGCUCUCAAUGGCUUGAGGACCUAUGCCACCCCGGCCCAGGAGGUCAAGCCUCCUGUUGCUCUCUUCGGUGUUGACGGCACCUAUGCCACUGCUCUGUACACUGCCUCCGCCAAAUCGGCUGCCCUUGACCAGACCUCCAAGGCUCUUUCCACCCUCGGUGAGACCUUGAAGGCCGACCGCAAGCUGGUCACCAUCCUCGGUGCCCCCACCCUCACCGCCAGCGACAAGCAGCAGAUCGUCCAGGAGCUCCAGAAGGUUGCUGGCGGCGCUGACAAGGGUGACCUCCUCAAGAACUUCCUCAACACUCUCGCUGAGAACAAUCGAUUGGGCUCUCUCCAGGGUGUCUGUGAGAAGUUCGCGACUCUCAUGGGUGCUCACCGUGGUGAGGUUGAGCUGAACAUCACCAGUGCUCAGGAGCUCGACAACAAGACCAUCUCCCGCCUCGAGAAGGCCGUCUCCAAGUCUGAGUUCAGCCAGGGCAAGAAGCUCAAGGUUGUCUCCAAGGUCAACCCCGACCUCGUUGGCGGUCUCGUUGUUGAGAUUGGCGACCGCACCAUCGACCUCAGCGUUUCGUCCAAGAUUGCCAAGCUCAACAAGGCCCUCACCGAUGCUUUGUAAAAUAGAUUACUUAUUAUUUGUGCCAAUUUUGUCAUGAACCUUCUCCGCCGCGCGGAAACUCGAGUUCUGGAGGUCAUUUGAAGGAAUGAUAGUUUCUUCUCGAGAGCGAGGUGAAUAAGGAUGUAGACAGGAAUUCUUCUUUUUUUAUUCUUCCUUAUUCCAAGAUCCCUUUCUAGCAACCGUUUGGAACAAGGGAAGGGCCAGUUCUUACUUUUCUCGCCUCUUGUCUCUUUUGUCGCGUGUGCUGUAGAAUGGUUUGGUCAUUGAUUGUCGUCUGUCCGAUUAGAGAGAAUGAACA